UCCGCGCAGAUUUGUUGUACUGACUUAUUUGUUCGUUUAACGAGAUGUAUAAUUGUAUUUGAAUCAUUUCGAUUGUGUUUCCAUCGCAUCAGAGACUCUAUCAGGAUUAACGAUAUCAAGGAUCAAGCUAAUUGUCAAUUAUAUUGAAAAUUAAACAUCAUUUAUUUUAUGAUGCGUGCGAUCCAAGAAUAAUAAAAUAAUAAACCAAAGAGGGUUAAACUUAAUUAGACGGUCAUAUCAGGAGAGUUAAGAAACAAUGUUCAUUAUUAUAUUAGUAUUAUCUAUAUUUAUUUUAUUGGUAUAUAAUUAUUACGUGCAUCAUGGAAAAAGCGGGCGACUCUAUAAUCUUAUACCGGGACCAUCAGGUUUUCCAAUUGUUGGCAGUUUGAUCCACUGCUAUGUUUCACAAGAGGAAAUAUGGAAAUUCUGCUGUGAAAUACUUGAUCAGUAUUAUCCCGUUUUUAAACUCUGGGGUUUCUUCACAUUUGUUAUAAGUAUCCGUCAUCCAGAUGAUUUGGAGAUAAUUCUAAGCAGCAAUAAGUACAUCGAGAAAAAUCAUGUUUAUAAUUUGUUACAUCCUUGGUUAAACACAGGUCUCCUCACUAGCACAGGCGCUAAGUGGCACGCAAGAAGAAAGAUACUAACACCUGCAUUUCAUUUUAAUAUGUUGAAUCGAUUUGUUGAUAUUUUGAUCAAAGAGGGUGAUUGCAUGACAAAGUCUUUGAAAGAUGUCGGAGGGACAGUUGUAAAAGAUUUAUUACCAUUUGUCAGUGAACAUACUUUAAACGCGAUAUGCGAAACUGCUAUGGGCGUCUCCCUAUCAAAACUCGGCACAUUCCAUCAAGAAUAUCGAAAAGCGAUACACGAUUUAAUAGAAUUGGUGGUUUAUAGAUUCCUCAGGCCUUGGUUCUACAACGAUAUGUUAUUCUCAUUGUCGUCAAAAGGAAGAAAGCAAAAGAAACUCUUGAAAAUAUUGCACGGAUUUACGGAAAAAAUUAUCGCAGAAAGAAAGCUUCAUCACCAACUUACUAACAAUCAGUAUUUAAAAAAUCUUGAAAGUAAUGAAGAAACAGAAGAUGUCGAAAUAUUUGGAAUUAAAAAAAAGCGACUAGCCAUGUUGGAUCUUUUAAUAGCGGCAUCUCGAGAAAAUUCUUUAACUGAUUUGGACAUCAGAGAAGAAGUCGAUACUUUUAUGUUUGAGGCUCAUGAUACUACAUCGAUGGCUAUAAUAUUUACUUUAUUACUAUUAGCUGAACAUAAAGAUAUUCAGGAGCGUGUGAGGGUUGAGGUUGAUAAUGUGAUGCAAGAGGACGAAGGAAAACUUAAUAUGAGAUCCUUGCAAAAUUUAUCAUAUUUAGAAAGAUGUAUAAAAGAAGCUCUACGUUUGUAUCCCAGCGUGUUUAUGGUAUCACGACAUGUUGUAGAGGAUAUAAAAUUGAAAUCAUGUGUCAUACCGAAAGGGACGAUCUUAUUUCUUAAUUUUCUCGGAGCUCACAAAGAUCCUAAGUUUUGGCCAAAUCCAGAAAUAUUUGAUCCGGAUAGAUUCUUGCCUGAGAAGAUACAGAAUCGUCAUCCUUAUUCCUACUUACCUUUCAGCGCAGGGCCGAGGAAUUGUAUAGGUCAACGGUUCGCUUUCCUAAAAAUGAAAGCUCUGAUUGCUCCUUUGGUGCACAAUUUUUAUUUGGAGCCUGUUGAAUAUUUAAAGAAUAUCCGGUUGAAAGCACAUAUGAUAAUUCGUCCUUCUCAUCCAGUUCAUAUAAAAUUCAUUCCAAUCAAAUAGUCGUUUGAUUGGAGUUUUAUAUGAACUGGAUGAGAUCUGAAUUGUAGGUUAUACAUAUAGUACAUCUAGUACUAUAUGUAGUAUCUACAUAUAGUAUAUCUUACAAUUCAGAUUUCUAGAUAUCCAAAUUUAUUAUGCAUAAGCCUAUUCUAUCGUUAUCUGCAAUUGCAAUGAACGCGUACAUACAUAUAAUGAUUUAUGAAGUGAAUGAAAUUAAUAUUUUUCUACGUUUCAUUCAAUACGAAGCAAUGUAGAAAAAACACAUUUUUGUUUGCGAAUAAAAUUUUGCUUGAAAUUGUAAGUAAGUAUAAGUUU